AUGUCGAACGCAUCUCCGAGAACAAACUACAAGGUUGCCGUACUGGUCUACGAGGGUGCCAGUAUCCUUGAUUUUACGGGUCCGAUGCAAGUCUUGUCGCAUGUCUCGCCGAAUCAUCAAAAGGGCGACUUGAGCCCAAUCCCUAUCUUCAAAAUCAAGACAGUCUCACAGAAUCCAUUGAUUCACUUGUCAAGGUCGAUAAAUAUUGAGCCCGAUAUCUUGCUACCAAGUGUGAGGGAUAAUAUCAAAGAUUUUGAUAUUUUGAUCGUACCCGGUGCUCCUAUGUCAGUAAUCCGACGCAUGAUUCAAAACAACGCAUCUCCGGAACUAGACUUGAUUCGUCGCUAUACUACUACAGAAUCUGACAGACCUCGACUUCUUCUUUCCGUUUGUACUGGGGCAUUUCUAUUGGGUGCAUCUGGUCUCCUUUCCGGGCUCACAGUGACAACUCACUAUCGAGCUUUAGAUGAACUGAGAGAUCUGUGCUCAGCUCUCGAGGACUUGAAACAAGGGAAAGUCUCGACAAAUGUGGUACAUCGACGGUUUGUCGAUGCUGGGAGUUUGAAGGGAACGAAAGUACAGAUCAUUACUUCUGGUGGUAUAAGUGCUGGUAUUGAUGCAGCGUUCUAUAUUGUGUGCAAGUUACUGGGUGCAGAAGCUGCAUCAUCUGCAUCGCGCGACAUGGAAUAUGGAUGGAUGGAGGUACAAGACGUGGAUUGGCCGAGGAAGUUUCACUGUUCUCUAGAUUGA